AUGGCAGAAGAAGGAGGAAUGAAGCUAGAGCGCAUUCCCAAGUUGACCAACUUGUCCAAGGACGACAUUGGCAAGCACGUCAAGCUUCACGGAUGGGUCUACUCCGUGCGUACUCAGGGAGCUGGAACACUGUGCUUUGUUGAUCUUGGAGAUGGAACCACUAUUGCGCCAGUUCGUUGUUUGGCGCAGAAACCAGGAGAAGAAGGCGAGCAUGUCUACAAGGCAUCUGAUGUUGCCAGUCUACUCGCAGAUGCCAAUGGAGAUGAGGCUUGUUACUCUAGAUUGUCAUUUGAUGAAAUGACGCAAGCUUCCAGCUUGAGUAUCGGAUGCUCCGUCAUGUUGAUCGGAUAUGUCGCUGCUCCACCAGAAGGAACCACACAAACCGUCGAAGUAAAGGUCUUGGAAUUGUUUGUCGUUGGCGGUGUCGAAGAUGCCAGCAAGUACCCUAUUCAAAAAUCAAUUUUGAAGAAACCUCUGGCCCUUCGCGCACAAUACCACUCUCGAUUCCGCGCUCCUCUCAUUCAGCAAUUGAUGAAGAUUCGUUCGGAAGCUUUGUUUGCUGUGCACGAAUUUUUUCAUGAGGAAGGUGUCCCACUUUUGGAUCCCAAUAUUUUGACCGCCAAUGACUGCGAGGGCGCUGGAGAAGUCUUCAAGGUUGGACCACAGAUGUUCACCAAGGUCGAGGAAGAUCCCUCGAAGAAGAAGAAAAAGAAAAAGGGAAACCAAGAGGAAGAAGUGAAAGAGGAAGAGGCACCAAAAGAGCCAGAAAAGGUUACCGAAGUCGGAUUGACUGUAUCUUCGCAACUUCCAUUGGAGGCGAUUGCCAUGGGGACUGGAAGCGUUUACACAUGCCAAAAGUCGUUCCGUGCCGAGCACUCUGAUACCAACAAGCACUUGGCUGAAUUCCUACAUGUCGAGUACGAACAAUAUUUCAUCACCCUCGAUGAUCUCGUAGAUCAAGCGGAACGUUUCGUGAAGCAUGUUUUGAAGACUGUAUUGGACCGUUGCCAAACUCAAUACGACUUUUUGAACCAAAAGCACGCUUCCCCACCAGAGUUCCAUGGUCAUGCCGACUAUCUUCGAACUUUGUUGGACAAGCCGUUCGUCCGCAUUAAGCAUUCUGACGCGAUUGAUGUCAUGCUUCAAGACAUGAGGGACAAGGUCCAAACAGUCAACGACCAAGGCAAGAGUGUUCGUCUAAAGUUCAAGACGCUACCAAAGCAAGGAGAAGAUCUUGGAAGUGAGCACGAGAAGUACUUGGUCCAAAAGUUCGGAACCUUUGUUUUCGUCACUCACUGGCCUUCCGAUAUCAAGUCUUUCUACAUGAAGCAAGUCGGAGAUGGAACAUGCGAAUCUUUUGAUUUGUUGGCACCCCUGGUUGGUGAGCUGUUUGGAGGAAGUAUGCGUGAAUGGCGAUACGACGUCUUGAAGGGCAUGAUGGAGGGCAAAAACAUGGACAUGAAGCCUCUGCAAUGGUUCGUCGAUCUGCGAAAGGACGGUACUGCCCCUCAUGGUGGAUGGGGUAUGGGAUUCGAUCGUUUAGUGAUGUUCUUGACCAACACUGCUAGUGUGAGAGACGUUGUACCUUAUCCUGUCUACUACACGCACUGCCCAUACUAA